GUUUUCGGGUCGCAAACGCGUUAUCUUUCUUCCCCCCCCCCUUUUUUUUUCUUUCUUUCUUCCCUGCCCUCCAGACAGUCUCGUCUUUAUAGCAACAUGCUCAUUUCACCACCAAUUCAUUCAGACGGUGCCAAAGGCAUAGCAAUGGCACAAGGGGCUGGCUUUGAAGUUUAUUCAUUCAAAAAAAGUGGAGAUUUCGAAGGGCAUAAAUGGUACCGUAUUUUAGGCAAAGGGCUUGCUCGCGAAAGACAAGACGCAAUCUUGUGUGGGCUGCCGCGUGGGUAUGCUUUGGGAGGUAGAAAGGAUAGUAGGCGUAAUGACAAAUUUAUCUUUGGACACCCAUCAAAAAGGGCAUACCGUUCAGCGAGAGAAUUUAUUCCACAUCUCCAACAUCUCCAAUCGCUCGAUCGCAAACAUAAAUCCACUGAAUCCGCCAAUUGCGAAUGCCAUCUCUGUAAAAGUGUCAGCAACAACAGCAGAAGAAGUAGUGACAUAUCAUCUUGUGCCUCAUCCUCUACAGCUCGACGACUACCACCGCUUAAAAUGAAAACAGGAACUGAGACACAACGGCGACAAACAUCAACGACAUCCGCAUCAUCAUCUAACUCUUCUUCAACAACAACAGCACCGAGUAAAAAGAGGACGUUGUCAAGCAUGACCGGUAUGAAAGAAAACAACAACAGCGAAACCAAAGAAGAAAAAGAGCCUAAAAAGAAGCGGCAACUAUCCAGGCGCAAAAAGAUAGUCAAGACGAAAAAAAUGGCAGGGCAAGAAUUGCGCGAGGUGGCGUACGUGUGGAUAGAAACACCACCAAGCUUACAAGACUUGCCUAUACCCGACUAUAUUGACAUUCCUGACUUGGUUUUGCCAAGUAACCACUGUUUACUUUGAUCAUCGUACAUACAUCUUUCUUGCUUCAGCAUCAAUCAUCCUGAGGCCUUUCAUCUUCGUGACGUGAUUGAACGUCGCGAAUUAUCUGUUGAUACAUUUCCUUUGGAUAUUCACUGCCCCGUAUUUGAAACGCAUAACAUGCUAUAGAGUACAUGCAAAUAUGCCAUAAUUCAUCAUUAUCAUCACCGUCUAUCAAGAUUCCUCUCCUCUUUCAACACAUGCUUAAAAAAGUAACUUGCCUCGUUCCACCUUGGAUAUACUUGAACGAAGGGCACCCAUUUUCUUGCCUAACUGCGGCAAUGAUGAACCUGCCAAAAUCUCGCAGUCUAUACAUACACCAUGCGCAUUAAUAUCUAGCGCUAGUAAAAUUUUAU